GAAGGAAGUCAAGGAGGAGAAUCGUGGGAUCGUGGCCUCUCUGAUAGUGAUGAAUUAGAAGGGAAGAACAAGGGAGACCACAACAGAAUCCACAUAGUGGAGAAGUCAUAUAAAUAUUCAGAGUGUGGAGAGAAGAUCCGUCAGAGCUCCCAGUCCACCUCCCAUCAAAGAAAGCGCUUCGUUCAGAGGGAUAGCCUCACUUCACACAAAAGACCACAGAGUAGGGAGAAAUUGUAUCAGUGCAGAGAAUGUGGAAAGAGCUUCAAUCGGAAAGAUCACCUCACUUCCCAUCACAGAAUUCAUACUGGGGAGAAACCUUUUCAAUGCCAUGAAUGUGGAAAGAGCUUCAGUCAGGGAACCCAUCUCACUUCUCAUCAAAGAAUUCAUACAGGGGAGAAACCUUUUCAAUGCCAUGAAUGUGGAAAGAGCUUCAGUCACAGUAAGACUCUCACUUCUCAUCAAAGAAUUCAUACAGGGGAGAAACCGUAUCAGUGCUUGGAAUGUGGAAAGAGCUUCAGUCUCAGGCACGAUCUCACUUCCCAUCAAAGAAUUCAUACAGGGGAGAAACCCUAUCAGUGCUUGGAAUGUGGAAAGAGCUUCAGUCACAGUGCCACAUUCUCUUCUCAUCAAAGAAUUCAUACAGGGGAGAAACCCUAUCAGUGCUUGGAAUGUGGAAAGUGCUUCAGUCAGGUAACCCAUCUCACCUCCCAUCACAGAAUUCAUACAGGGGAGAAACUUUUUCAAUGCCAUGAGUGUGGAAAGAGCUUCAGUCACAGUAAGACACUCACUUCUCAUCAAAGAAUUCAUACAGGCGAGAAACCGUUUCAGUGCUUGGAAUGUGGGAAGACCUUCAGGCACAGCGCCACACUCUCUUCUCAUCAAAGAAUUCAUACAGGGGAGAAACCCUAUCAGUGCUUGGAAUGUGGGAAGAGCUUUAGUGUCAGAAACAGUCUCACUUUUCAUCAAAGAAUUCAUACCGGGAAGAAACCCUAUCAGUGCUUGGAAUGUGGGAACAGCUUCAGUAAAAGCUCGAAUCUCAAAACCCAUCAAAGAACUCAUACAGGAGAGAAACCCUAUCAUUGCUUCGAAUGUGGGAAGAGUUUCAGCCAGGGGCCUGAGCUCACUUCCCAUCACAGAAUUCACACAGAGGAGAAACCAUUUCAGUGCUUGGAAUGUGGGAAGAGCUUCACUCAGAACGAUUCUGAAUCAGGGGUCGGCAAACUACGGGCCCUGGGCAGGAUGAGGCCCAGCCAUUUAAGCACCUGCCGCAAAGCCGGAACCCCCCACAAAACUGAGACUCCCGGCAACGGGAGGAAGAGGUCAAGUGACGGCGCCUCUGCCAAUCAAACGCUGCGCUCGGUUGACCUCAAGUAG